GACACUCACUUAGAAUUUUAAACCCAGCAAAGAGAACCCUCAAAACCCAACAAAGAGAAAAGGAAAAAGGGGAGAGAGAGAGAGAGAGAGAGAGAUUCAGAAUCAUUCAUUGAAUCACAAACACAACCAAGUAUGUACAGAACAAGCAACACGGUGAUAGGGAUACUGAACAGCCUAACACUCCUAGCCUCCAUUGCCAUAAUAGCAGGAGCUCUGGGGAUGGCGAAAUCAAACAAGACAUGCGAGCAUUUCCUGCAAAAGCCACUGCUAAUCCUGGGCUUAGCGAUCUUAAUCAUGUCAUUAGCAGGUCUGGUCGGUGCAUGCUGCAACGUUGCAUGUGCGCUUUGGGUCUACCUCUUUGUGAUGAUCCUCGUAAUAGCUGCUCUGAUGGGCCUGACCGUGUUUGGAUUUGUGGUCACAAGCCAUGGCGGAGGUGUCGGUGUUGCGGGUAGGGUUUAUAAAGAAUACAGGGUUGAAGAUUAUCAUCCAUGGUUAAGGAACAGGGUUAGGGUUUAUCAGUACUGGAACACUAUCAGGAGCUGUCUUUUGGGUUCCAUGGCUUGUUCCAAGGUUGCCCUUUGGACUCCUCUUGAUUAUCUUCACAACGACCUCACUCCCAUUCAGUCAGGAUGCUGCAAACCGCCGACGUCGUGCGUUUACAACGUGGCGACGAUGGUGGAGCAAGACUCAGACUGCAACCGCUGGAACAACGACGCGAACGUGCUUUGUUACGACUGCGACUCGUGCAGGGCGGGCGUUAUGGAGACUGUGCGUCGCGAUUGGCGUAAACUCUUGGUGCUUAACGUCGUCGUGAUCGUCGUCCUUAUCGCGGUUUACUCAAUCGGCUGCUGCGCGUUUCAAAACGCGAAACGCCCCCACCAGUUCGGGUUUCCGUACGGACACUAUGGAAGGUCCAAGAGCCAACCCGGAUGGGACGAUUAUUGGAGGAGAUGGUGGACCGGAGGAGGAAGAGAUCGGUUUUACUGAUCGUCAUCUUCUAUAUGUUCGUGAUUUCUCUUUCACACAUAUUUUGGUGCAUUUUUAUUUAAAAAAUAUCAAUAUAUAUUUCUGUACAUAAAGCUUAGUUUCCGUUCUUCUAUCCUAUCUUUUGUUUGGGUGCGCUUUGGUCGGAACAUCGUAUCAGAGGGUUUAAGACUUUAAUGUUUCUUGGAUAAAAAUCUGUGUAUGCAUGCAUAUCUUAAGAUCCAUAGAUUGAUUAUACAUAAGAUUGAAAACAUGGGUUAUAUAUAUCUAUAUAUAUAUAUAUAUAUUAGAUUAUCUGAUCGACGAGAUUGAAUAUUCGGUUGAAGAGCCGUAUCUGAAGAACGUUAGGGGACGAGGCAAGGCGAGACGAGAUACUGGAAACAAGAUGAAACGUCGGAAUGACUAAACCUCAAAACCCUAACCCUAACCCUAGUCAAAUCCACCAUGGAAAUCUGUUCAUGGUUUUCACCAACGCAAUUUCAGUACAGAGAGACAACAUAAUCAAGGGGAAAAAAAUCCAAACCCUUUAAAGGAGAUCCGAAUAUUUCUCUGUCUACAUUAAAAAAAAAAAAAAAGGAUGAAGAGUUGCAAAAAGAGUUUUA